UAUAUAUUUGCUUGGUGCAUUCCCAUCGUCUUAAUUCCCAUCCCUUUUAUAGCCACAUCACCGGCUGGGAAGUGCGCGUAUGUGGUGCUGGUUAUGAGUUUCUACUGGUUUACAGAAGCCGUUCCCAUAACUGUUACGGCAUUAUUGCCAAUAGUAUUGUUUCCAUUGCUCGGAGUCUUAUCGUCAGAUCUGACCGCCAAAGCCUAUGUCAAUGGCACAGUUAUGAUAUUCCUCGGCAGUCUCAUUGCCGCCGCAGCCGUUGAGAAAUCAUUGCUUCACAAGAGAAUUGCACUCAAAGUCUUGUUAGUCACCGGAACAUCACCUAAAAGGCUAUUGUUUGGAUUUAUGUUUACCACGGCUUUCCUGUCGAUGUGGAUUAGUAAUCUGGCGGCGACUGCACUCAUGAUACCCAUUAUAAACGCAGCGAUGGAUCAAAUAAAACAACAUACAGAAGCCGUUCCCAUAACUGUUACGGCAUUAUUGCCAAUAGUAUUGUUUCCAUUGCUCGGAGUCUUAUCGUCAGAUCUGACCGCCAAAGCCUAUGUCAAUGGCACAGUUAUGAUAUUCCUCGGCAGUCUCAUUGCCGCCGCUGCCGUUGAGAAAUCAUUGCUUCACAAGAGAAUUGCACUCAAAGUCUUGUUAGUCACCGGAACAUCACCUAAAAGGCUAUUGUUUGGAUUUAUGUUUACCACGGCUUUCCUGUCGAUGUGGAUUAGGUGA